CAUGUCAGCCGUCGGCAGAAUUAUUGCAUCAAACCAUAGAAACAAGAGCUGCGGUCGCCGCUCCAGUUCUGUCCAGCUCUUUCAAAGCACGUCUGAUUUGACAACAUUUCGAUGAUUAAUGACUUCUUUGUGCUCUCUGCAUGAGCCUGAGGGUGUGAGAGGCUGAAGCAGCAUCAGGCCUUACGAUUAGCAUGCAGGGCAGAAAAAUCGGACUGCUUUGGGAAAUAUCUUUGAUUGUGCUGACGGCCCCAAGUCGGCGUUGCUCUGAAGUCAGAUUCACAAGGAGGCGGAAGCUCUCUCUCCAUGAUUUGGGUCAAAAAAUGAGAGCCGCUGUGGCCCGGCUCCUGAGUUCUGGCUGCCGUCCUUGUACCCAUGAAAAAGGGCCUUCACAGAGUGCCUUCUUUUAAGAUGCAGAGAGUGGAGGGGGGGGCGGAGGUGGGGCUUGAACAUACAUAAGAGCCAAAGACCGUCCGCCAGUCCAAUUUGGCAUAACAUCACCAGACAAUUUGUUUAACCUAUACGAGGCAGCUGAUUGGACCUCUGCUUUCAUUUAGUGCCUCUUUAUCCUCUCCCGAGGCUCGUCAGAAUUAAUCCUUUGGGGUCGGCCCAUUUUGGAAGAGAAGCGGCACAUUGGUGAUGAGCGCAGGCCGGUUGCUCAGAGCAGAGGCUUUGUCCUGGAUGUCGGAUGUUCAAAACGUGACCGGGGGCCAGUCCCAGGACUUGGUUCUGCAACCUUUAUGGGACUACCUCCACCAGAACCACCAUGACCUUCUGAGGAGCCCUCUCUUCCCCGUGGUGCUCUCUGUCACCACCUACUUUGUGCUGGUGGGUCUCUACACCGUGCUGGACUUGCUGGCUCCCUCUUGGCCAUUCAUCAACCGUUAUCGGUUGCAUCCUGACAAGCCCGUCACCUGGCCCAACAUCUGGAUGACUCUUGGCGUCACCAUCUACAACCACCUGUUCUUCAUUUUUCCCGCUGCAGUGGCGCAGUGGCUGUGGCGACCACCGACUCCUCUGCCCCCUGAAGCCCCCACCCUCUGGAGCUUCUUCCUGGGCAUCCUGGGCUGCAUGUUUGUCUUCGAUUUCCAGUACUACCUGUGGCACCUCUUGCACCACCGGGUCCCCUGGCUGUACCGCACCUUCCACGCCGUCCACCACCAGUACAACCAGCCCUUCAGCCUGGUCACGCAGUACCUGUCCGGCUGGGAGCUGUUCAGCGUGGGAUUCUGGGCCACCAUCGACCCCAUCCUGCUGCAGUGCCACUGCCUCACGACGUGGGGCUUCAUGGUCUUCAACGUCUACGUUUCCACCGAGGACCACUGCGGCUACGACUUCCCCUGGGCCAUGCACAACCUGGUGCCCUUUGGCCUCUGGGGGGGAGCUCCCAAGCACGAUGUUCACCACCAGCGCCCGGGCACUAACUUUGCCCCAUUCUUUGCGCACUGGGACUGGCUGGGAGGGACGCACAUCGCGCCAGCUCAAUCCAGCCACGCUGCCAAGUGGGAGCCAGACGAGAUGAAUGAGAAGAAAGAGUGAAGAGGCUGAAUGAACCUCUGACUGACUCUGCUCUGAUCCACACAGACUCGUUUACAUUCCAUCCUUUCACCUUUUCUCUUUGACGUCGUCUCACUAAGUUUUCUGGAACUGCUCUAACACCUCCUGACUUGCUUGACAAAUAGAAUAUUUUGCCAACAUCGGUCAUCCUGUGCUGCGAUGAAUGUACAAAUGGGCGUAGAAAUUCCUCCUGUAUAUAUCACUGUACUGCUGCGUUUUUGCUUCUCUUUAAGCCGUUCUUAGGUCAUUGUGCGUGUGCGAUGUGUUUGCAUUGGCCUUACAAAAAUAAAACAUCAAACUGCAUUAGGCAGCUGUCGCGCCGUCUUUCAGACGGUGAGAUCCGUCGGAAAGGAUUCCCAAACCCUCUGCCUCCCUCUCGCAAUGAAAGGCUGUCUUUUAGCUGCAUCCCAGCAUCAAGCAUGGGUGCAAUACUAAUCUAUCACCCUGCCUUUGAGGGGAGACAGUCUGCCUGCAGGAAUCUGUAGCAGAGGAGAAAAUCCGGGGAAUGCAAAGUCGGAAACGGAUCUGGGUUGGCCUGAAUUACUAUUGUUCUUCCUGGUGUAGGUAGGUAAACAAAUACUGAACUUGAGUCAUCACCUAGGCAGAAAUUGAUUCUUUUAAAUGACAACACAUGCAUUUCCUCUUGAGAACCAGCAGAGGUCUUUCCUCCUGCAAGAGCUGCAAAUCCUUGUCUGCAUGAUGAGCAACAAGUUAAACACAGGAACCCAAAACAAACCCUUCACUCUGUUUUUACAUACUUUUUUUUAAGCAAGAACACGUCCAACUGAUUUUAGCGAGACUGAAACGGCACUGGAACCAGUGACUCAUUUUCAUGCUCUGCAGUUGUUUACAGUCAAGCAGCAGCCAGAACUGGUCAGACCUGAUUUUGCUUUCCACCUGACACACCUCUCUGGUGCACAUCCGUCUGCAUAUAGUGUCUCAGUAAGCCUUUGUGUGAAAGGCAAAGAUCCUCAUAUUUCGUAUUUGGUGGCCUAGUUAGCACAAACCACAGUUCUGCAAAUCCUCUUGAUGAGGAACCUUUGAAGCGCGUCAUAAGUACCUGUUGAUUCCUCUGAGUUUUUGAGAAGUCUGUGUUCCCUUUUACCUGCAUGUACAACUUUGAUCGUUUGGAUAUUUGUACCAAGCUUAAAGUUCAAAUGUGAUCCAAAGGAGCAAUAUUUUAUGGAGCAUGCAGAAGGAAAAACAUAAUUGUUUCUCAACGUGACUAUUAGUUUAUAUAAACAUUAAAAAGGGGGCUGUACACAAGCUCCUCCCCCUGCAGGCAAAGGAGGAACACGACCGACCAGACAAGUUUGUGGUUGUUUUUUGUGUCCACCUGCUUACACGCCGUCUGUCAGCCCUUUUUCUCUGUUGUUCUCAUUUCUGUGUGUUUUGUCGAAUCAUCGUUUUGUAUUUGUUUCUGGUUAACAGGAUUCUGGACUGAUUCAUUUGUGGAUUUGAUUAUAUUUGGUCUUUUUCCAUUCUUUUAAUUCUAGCUUUUGGAUUUGCAACAACCUGCAGCACAAAGUUGACUCAUUUUAUGGUCUUUAUGGUAAUUUUAUAUGAGAAGGGAGGGGGUAAAAGACUAGGGUGGCAAAUGACAACACCGGUCUAGGAGGCCAUUACAAAUUAAAGGAUUUUGAAGCCUAUAAUUUGAGGGGCCGAAGAUUUUGUUUUAAAAAAUGCAUUUUGUAAUUUUUGCAAUGCUGAAAGAAGCUUCUGUUGAUGGUUUCUCAAUACUAACGAUACUUAAAACUGACUCAAAAAUUGGGAGGCAAAGCUUUUUAGCUAAGGGGGCCUUUGCCCCUCCGUAGCUCCGCCCCUGCUCCUCCCGUUUUACCAGCAUUAUUAUUUUAUUCAAAAAAAAAUUUGAAACUUCAAAAUGUUAACACUGUCUGGGACAACCUUGAAGAGGGGAAAUAUGUUUUUUAUUUUAAUAGUCAGUUCCUUCCUCCUAUAUAUUAUUAGUCUGCAUUGUAAAAAAAAAAAAAGCACUUCUGGUUGGAUGACGACUGCAUUUUAGCCACAUUGACAGUAAAGUUGAAUCUGAUUAUAUCACCAUAGCAACCUCUUUAAAUUCAGAAACAAUGAAGCCACAAAAUGUACAAAAGUCACCUGCAUGCAUUUUCUUUGUGUCAAAACGUUAAAAAAUAUAUUUAUGAUUUUAUAUUUUAUUCUUAAGAACCCUAUGUAUGGAGGGUCAAAUGUUGGGUUAAAGUGUAACUUUUAUUAGAAACAAAACUUUUGAAACUUUUACAUAUCAACACCCGCAGACUUUUACUUUGUUGCAGACUUCACAAAUAUUUUAGGAGACUGAAACGGAUUUCCCAUGAUGCUUUAGCAAAAUGGAGAACUUAUCAUUGAAAAACAAUUUUGCAUAAAGUAAUUGUUUUUGUGUAGUAUUUGUUUUUGUACAUUCAUGGUGGAAAGAGGAAGCAGUGGUCAUGAAAGUGUAAACAUUUAUGUUUCAGCUUAAAUGCAUAAUAAAAACACAAACUGGUUUAA